AUGACAAGCUUUGACAGCGGCGUCCCCUUCUCGUACGUGGUGCCCGACUGGCCUGCACUCUACUACCCUGUGCGCGCGGACCCAGGCGAAGCACAAUACCUGUAUUACGUAUCGGACAUCUACCGCUACGUGGUCUUCUGGACUCUGAUCUGCGUUGGGGCGGCGCACCUCUCCGUUGCCACCUGGGCGGUGCUCAUGCAAUUCCACUCGGCCAAGAUGCGCGGCACCUAUCUGAGGACGCCCGUUGGGAGGAGACUCACGCCUAAGAAUCGGAAGCUGCUGGGCGAGAAUCCCAUCAGUGAGACGUUGAGCUGGGUGUGGCUCGUUCCCUUGGUUUAUGUCGUUCUUGGUGGGCUGGAAGCUGUGUUCGCCGGCAGUAUUGUGGGCUUGAUACUGGGGGCCGUCUACAAUGCUGGAUAUUUCAGAAUGAGCACUUGGACUCCUUUGCUGUGGGGAGUUAUCAAUAUGCUGGUGCUGGUUGUGAGCAGUUUCAGGAUACAGGGUGGCCUAUAA